AGCCUGUGUGUCUUGACUUGCGCACACACCAGGGGAAUUCAGUUACUCCUCUGCUGUUUAAGCCAUGUUUAGCCACACCAGCCGUCUUCAAUGAAGUAACUUGGUGUACUCUGUACUCAACAGAAGCAAGAAACAACCACUCAGCAACACAAGAUGCUGUGGUACAAUCAGAUCAAGUAAAUGGGAUUAAUGGGAUAAAUGGGAUUAAACUUUCAGAAGAUAACCAAGAGGAAAGCCUCUGCAGCUAAAGGGCGCAACAAUGUAGCCAAACCAAGCCAAUGGGAAAUACACACUCUGUCUGCAAAUGCUAAGACACUCUUUCUCUGUUAAACUGCUUCAAACAUGGGGGAUCCUGACGGAUGGGAGUAUGGAGUCCUCUUUACAGCUGGAAGCAGCAGUGAUGAUGGAGACCCCGAUUACGCCUCCAUUCCAGAAGACUAUCCCAUCGUUUUGGAGGAUCCAACCAAUGGAGCUAGGCCCUUUCAACCCAAAAGCGUCCGCGUUAUAAAGCACAAGCCCAGCGCCAUAGCAUUCUCCGAAGACUGUACUUGGGCAAUGGUGGAAGAAACCGCUGCCAAGAUUUCGAGUGAAGCAGGUUUCCCUGGGCGUCUGGUUCAGAGGACCUGUGAACAAAUUAAUACAGAGUCUUCUGUAAAGUCCAGGGAACAUGCCAAGCAAGGAGUGAACAUUUCUGGACCCAGAGAUGAAUUGUACAUGUUGAGGGAGUGUCUUGAAGAAAACUAUGAAACAGCCACUUGUCAGUGCUGCCUGGGGCUUCCUUCUCUGUGGGAUAGAAAAGAUGCUGAACUUGAGGCUACGGAAGCUUGUGAUUGGCUUCAGGCAGCUGGAUUUCCGCAAUAUGCACAGCUUUAUGAAGACUCUCUGUUUCCCAUCGACAUCGCCUCUGUGAAAAAGGACCAUGAUUUUCUGGACCGGGACUCGCUGAAAUCCCUUUGCAGGAGACUGACAAUUCUGAACAAGUGUGCCUCUAUGAAGCUGGAAGUCCAUUUCCAGCGCAAACAGAGCGAAGACUCGGAAGAGGAGGACCUGUGUGCCAUCAGUGACCGCUGGGCCUUCCAGCGGGACAGUAAGCGAUGGUCCAGACUGGGGUCCUUCCCUCCUCCCAGCUCUCACAGCCCUGAGGUCCUCCACUCUGACAUGAAAGCCUCAGCCAGCCGGGAGAGCGUCCUCAGCGACUUCAGCGACCUGGAGGGUGUGUCUGUUCUCAGCAGCAGCAGCAGCAGCGCGGGGAGCUCUGGAGGAACCUCGAGGAGUCAGCUCACCAUGGCAGAACCCUACUCCAGCUUCUCCUCCCGUCACUUGGACAUCCCUGCUGUGUCCAGCCGCAGUCUCACAGAGAACCGCUCCUCCAAAGACCUGCUGACUCUCAAGGAGAUGCCAAAGAAGCACAGAUCUCAAAGCUUCCUGAGGAAAAUCGGAUCUUUCAGAAGAAAGGAUAAGGACAGAGAAGCAGCCAGAGCAAAAGACUCCAACACCCAAGGCUGUGACCUCCAGGAAGGGCCACUACAGUCUUCGAUGAGCUGCACAACCAACGAGAGCCUUCCAGGCUUGAAACAGAACAUACCUGAAAGCUCUCAAUUUAAAAGAAGGACGAAGACCAUCUGUAGAGCUACCGCCGGCCAGCCUGCUUCUGAAGGCAGUGGGAAACAGAAACAGAAAACCAAAAGUGGAGGGAUUUACUUAGAGGAUUAUGAGAUGAGCUUAAAGGUUCCCAACUGGACACAACAGCUUCACAGGCCACUGGAUCUGCAGAAGGACUGUGUUGUUUACCUCCCCAGUGACCACAAGCCAGGUACCUUCCCCAAGUCCCUCUCCAUUGAGAGUUUAUGUCCCGCAGCCAAUGAAAAUCUUGGGAACUGGAGAUCGGGCAACAUGUCAUUAGAGAUCUCGAUGUGCAGCAGCAGUGAAUCGCAAGGCUUUGGCAGGUUUCGUCCACGCAGGAACUCGUGCAGCUCCAUGGGAAGCAUCUAUGACAACGUACCUGAAGCGUACGGCAGCUCAGAGGACCUUUUCAAUUUAGGAGCGGGAGGCAUCUGCGACCUGGACGAUAUCCUGCAGCAUGUUCACGGGCUCCAGCACACGAUCGAUCUCUGGUCCAAAAGAGUUUGUCCCGAGCUGGAUGACUUGGAGUCUGAACUGCCCAUUGACCCCAUCUUCCCAUCCAGUGUCCAUUUCGAAGAGCAGUCCAUGUCGGACGUGGGAACCGCAGCUAGUGACUUUGACAGUACAGGGAAUUCUUUAAAUGAAGCAGAAGAGAUGGAAAUGAGGGAACGGAGGGAUUCGGGAGUGGGGGCCUCGUUGACCAGGCCUAGUAGGAAGCUGAGGUGGCACAGUUUCCAGAACUCGCAUCGUCCCAGCCUGACCUCUGCAUCUCUGGAGAUCAACCGCCAGUCAGCCGCUCAGCUCAACCUGCUGCAGAAAUUCUCACUGCUGCGACUCACUGCCAUCAUGGAGAAGUACUCUGUGCCCAAUAAGCAGGGCUGGAGCUGGACGGUGCCAAAGUUCAUGAAGAGAAGUAAAGUUCCUGACUACCGGGACAAGAAAGUGUUUGGGGUUCCCCCGAUCAUCAACGUGCAGCGGAGCGGGCAGCCCCUGCCUCAGAGCAUCCAGCAAGCCAUGCGAUACAUCCGCAGCCAGUGCCUGGACCAGGUUGGUAUCUUCCGGAAGUCAGGUGUGAAGUCUCGGAUCCAGAUGCUGAGGAAGAUGAACGAGACCUCGCCUGACCACGUGAGUUACGAGGGGCAGUCUGCCUAUGACGUGGCGGACAUGCUGAAGCAGUAUUUCAGGGACCUUCCAGAGCCUGUGUUCACCAGCAAGCUGACUGACACCUUUCUCCAGAUCUAUCAGUGUGUCCCGAAGGAGCAGCGUUUGCAGGCUGUGCAGGCGGCCGUCAUCCUCCUGCCAGACGAGAACCGGGAGGUGCUGCAGACCCUGCUGUACUUCCUGAGCGACAUCGCCUCCGCCCAGGACAACCAGAUGACCCCUGGGAACCUGGCCGUGUGCCUGGCCCCCUCCAUCUUCCACCUCAACGUGUCCAAGAAAGAAAGCACCUCCCCCAGAUUGAUACACAGGAGGGGGGCUGCUGGGAAGCCUGAUCAGAAGGACCUGAAUGAGAACAUGGCAGCCACCCAGGGACUCACUCACAUGAUCAUCGAGUGCAAAAAGCUGUUCCAGAUCCCCCAUGACAUGAUGUUGCAGUCCCGAAACUCCUAUGUAGCUGCAGACGCCCACCCACUUCCCCUGGAAGGGCUCAGCAGGAGUCUGCUAGGUGAGCCCAGGGAUUAUCGAGCCUUCCUGGAGGACAGUGUCCAGGGUCUGUUACGAGAAUCGAUGGAGAAGUUUAAAGGCUGGAUUACCACACCAGGACCUGAGAGCACCGAAUUAUCAUACAAAAAGGCUGGGGACGGGCACCCCAUUCGUCUGUGGAAGGUCUCCACAGAAAUCGAGGCUCCACCACUCACAGUGCUGCACAGAGUGCUGAGAGAGCGCCACCUGUGGGAUGACGAUUUACUGCACGGCAGGGUGAUUGAGGCCCUGGACAAGAACACUGAAAUCUAUCACUACGUCACAGACAGCAUGGCACCUCAUCCGAGAAGGGAUUUCAUCGUGUUAAGAAAGUGGCACAGUGAUCUUCCGAAGGGGGUGUGUGUGCUCGUGUGCGCCUCGGUGGAACACGACAAGGUGCAGCUGGAAGGCGGCGUGCGCGCGCUGCUCCUGAGCUCCAGGUACCUCAUCGAACCCUGUGGGAUGGGCCGCUCCAGACUGACGCACGUCUGCCGUGCCGACCUCAGGGGCCGCUCUCCUGAAUGGUAUAACAAGGUGUUUGGACAUCUCUGCGCAGUGGAGGUUGCUAGGAUACGAGACUCUUUCCCUGUGUUAACAGCGCGGGGGCCUGAAACCAAGCUGUAGAGCGUCUCCAGGAUUCCUGCUUCUGACGAUCAGUAAAGGUCUACACAGCCCGGAUCACCUUCACAAUACACAGGGACUCAUUUAAGUUCUGUCUGACAGAGGAAAUGCAGCCAGUGUAUAAUAGAAAAAUGCAUGGCUGAAGGCUAGUUGGAGGCAUGAUCCAAUUUGCUGAGUUUUUUAAAUUGUGUUUCAUGAAAGGAAAAGAGUUACCUGGGUAUCGGAGAAAAGUCACAAGUGAGGCAAAUUAACACGCUUGAAAUGUCUAGCGGCCUGCACAAAAACAAAAUAGAUGGUUAAUAACUGAUGUCUGUACAGGACCGUGACACAGUCAAAGAGGUCAGGCAUUACAGCAGCAAGACAAACAUGAGAUGGUUUUGUGUUGGGGCCUUGGGACGCAGAAUGGGUUUGGAUGUGGUUUGGGAUUUCCAUUUUUAAAUAAGCUGUAGUAUUCUUUUUGUGACGUAAGCAAUGCAGAGUAACAGCUGCAUCAUGUGAUGAGAGCAGUGGGGAUAAAGCGAAGUCCCAGGACUACAGGAAGGGCAGUAGAACACGCACAGUGCGUUGCAAGGAAAUUCUAUACCAUGUCUGUGUCAGCACACAUUAGGCAACCAGUGCUGCACCAUUGUUGGAUGGCAAUCAGAAAAAGAACAGGGGUAUUGAAAGAAAUACUGAACAGGGAGGGAAAUGUGUUUUAGAUGAGGAUCCAUUUUCAGGGAACGCUUGUGGAUAUCACUCAAGGUAUUUCACAAAAGGCCUAUAAGAUGGGUAAUUUGAAAAAGGAAAAAAAAAAUGGCAACAUUUAUCUAAUGGAAUGUUUUUUUUUUUCUUUUUGCUGCUAUGCCUGCUUGUCGGAUUAUCACCAGGCAUUAAACACGUGUACAUACAUUUACUCGUACCAAAUUGAAUAAUGUUGUUUGUUUUUUGCAGGCUAGUUUUCUAAACUCAGGAGGGGUUAUUAACUUGCUGCAAUGCACAUUGUAACUCAUUGCCGCAUGGCUGCGGAAACUAAUGAGGCUAAUCCCCUUUUUCAUAUAUGACUGCACUGUACAAACGUGAAACAUUGUUUAGAUUUCUUAAUUGUAAAUAAGAUGCUAUACUAUUUUGUUAAAGCACCUUUUUGUUGAACUAAACACCAGUAGGAGUGCUUUAAUCAGUAAUGUUUAAUGGGACUGCCAUCAUUUUGGCAAAAAGAAGAUAGAAUAUUGUCCAUUGUUAUUGAUGUGUCACAUUACCUAGUGGACUAGGCAGGGAGUCAAAUUGACCCUUUUUUAACGCUGUUCGUUUUCAGGCAUGUGUUUGUGUACACAUGUCUGCAUAAUGAACUAUUUAGUACAGGUUUAGCCAGUGCUGUUGCACAUUUCACAGUCAUAGCAAAGGUCAAUCUCAGAAUGAGCCUCUGAAAAUAAUUCUGUUCUGCUUGUGCACCAUACGCUUACAUGCAGGUCAUUAAUAAUAGUAGUAAUAAUAAUAAUAAUAAUAAUGAAAGGGACACAUGAGAGGGAAAGGGUUUUCUGACUGCACAAUGUACCAGGGAGGUUAGAUUUUAUUUUAUUAUCACAAAAAAAUGCAUUAAUUGCAUUUCAUCUUCACUAGACCAUAAUACAAUGUAUGUGUAGUUUUAAUAUAUUUAUAUAUGUUGGUCAUUUUGUUAAACUGCCUUGAAAUUGAUUUGUUCAAAGGCCCUGGUUGACGGCAUGACUGACUGUAAAAUGGAAACAUAUUGUUAUUUAAAAAAAAAUGUUGGGGGCUGCAGAUUUAAAGUUACAGUAACUUGGCCAUUUAUCAUAUCACUGAGAACACCACUAUCCACGACAAAUUAAAGGAAAGCACCAUUACACAACAGAGUAUUGUAUUUCAUUUUUUUUGCAUUUACUAUAGCUGCAAGGUCUUUUACUAAAGUAUCAGCUUAACACAUGGUAACAUUAAUAUUACUGUGGAUACCGGGAAUUAAAAAAAACAAAAAAAAAAACAUUUAUGUUCGUCACCAUGGUUUCUUGAUGAUGAUGAUGAUUAUUAUUAUUAUUAUUAUUAUUAUUAUUAUUAUUAUUAUUAUUAUUAUUAUUAUUAUUAUUAUUGUUGUUGUUUUAAGUGUUACUGUAGCUUUAAUGGCUGCUGCUUUUCUUUUUUCUUUUUUUUUUAAAUUAGGAAUUGACUUGUUCUUUUGACAGAGGUUAUCCGAGGCAGCCCUUCUAAGGAACAAAAACGAAUGUGAUCUCUCAUGUCAUCUUUUAAAGCUGUCUUUCCUCCCAGUGGGUAGCAGGUGUUCUGUGCUGUUACUCAAUGUAAUUCCAAUACCUUUGGGCUAUUUAUUUCAUGCCAGGUAAUAUUGACAUGAAAUCGCUAAAACUCUCCCACCAUGUGCCGGUCUGGUUCAAGAUGGAAUACUGUUAGUGUAAAUAAAAUAAUUAUAAUUAAAAAAAAUGCCUUGAUGCGCUUUGAGUAUUCCAUAUAAGAUGUAUGUGCAUAUUUACGUUACUGCUGUAGAACCCUCCUGCCGUAAUUUGCAAACAGUGCAGUUUUAUUUGUUUUAGUGUGUUGGGCAUUAUGUGUAAUAUGUAACACUGCUAUCUUAUGAUUCUUGUAAAAUAUCUGCAUAAUGUGAAACUGUACCAUACAGUAGAAGCUGAAACCUGGUUGGGAAGGGGUUCAGAAUUCAUUUUAAUUUUAAAGCAGAGAGAUGUUAGCUAGAAACGCCAAAAUUGUCAGUCUUUGUAAGGUUAUUGCACCAUACUCAAUUUAAUUUUUUUUAACACUGGAAAAGGAAAACUUCUUGUCUUGGUCUUAUAGAAUGCCCGUUUUUUUUCCCUCCCUAUCUUAUGUUGACGACAAAGUCAGAUUUCAACGUUUUUGAGAAGAAAACGCAAGGAUGUUUCUGCUCUGCAUUAUGGUGUGUGUGUGUGUGUGUGUGUAAAGUUACAUUGUUAUAUUUCAGGGCUUGAUACCUUGAAUUUUUUUUUUUUAAUGGGAUAACUCUAAUGGCUCUAAUUUCUGUGCUCUACCUUGUACGGCAGCUAAUGUUUCCAAAUUUUCAUUUUAGAAAGUUUAUGAAGAAAAUCCAAAAAGGGACCUACAACAGUGGUUUCAAUGUGUUUUUAAACGUGUGUGAAUCUUUAAAACAACAGUGCCUGUGACUGACAAGUAUUACAUUCCCUGUAUAAAACUAAUACAUGUAUUCAUGUCUAAUAGCUCUUUGUAACCUUUUUUUUGCUACUGUUUAUCAAACAGAUAAUAUAUGAUUUUGUAUUCUAUAAUUACAUAAAACUGCCAAUAAUAGGCUAGCCAUGACACAGGUUAUUUUUAUUUUAAAUAAUAAAUAUUUAAGUAUUUUAUUUAUGUUUCAGACAUUUCACUUUUUGAACGAGCUUUCCUGCUACCUGUAUAUAUUCUGUGGCCUUGAAUGUACGCAGCUUAACAAUAAACCUAAUGUUUACAAAAGGGA